AUCACAGUCAGUGAUUAUCUGUGCAUGUAACAUGUAGUUUUAUCGUUUUUUUGUCGUCUUCUUGGUGGAAAUGUUGAUUGUCCUGCAGGUCGUUUGACGCCAAAUGAGACACUUGUUGGAUUUAAAUCAGGCGCAGAGGGCUGCGGCAGAUGAUGAGAGACGGAGGUGAAAUUCAGGGGGCUUGUGGCAGAUUGCAGAGGAUCUCUUUCAACAACCAGCCAAUCACAGUGGGAAGGGGAAUCUAAGGUCAGCGCUCUGGAAUGGAUUCAUACGGAUCUUCACUCAAUCGCAGCCAAUCGCUGACAAGUGGCCUGGAGAAGUCUUCACCAACGUGGAAACCGUCCCACUCUAGGAGCAGCAGCACUCUGUCAUCUCGCCACUCCAGACAGAUCAUCAAAGACUGGGAAGUGAUUGACGACCCUCAGGCAGAAAUGCACGCAGGAGGUGACAACCCUCAGGAUAUGACCACCCCAGGUAUCUGUGAAGGAUAUCUCCUCAAGAGGAGGAAGUGGCCUCUGAAAGGUUGGCACAAGCGAUACUUUGUGUUGGAAGCAGGGAACUUGCGUUAUUCCAAAAGUCAACAUGAUGUCUCCAGAGGACGAGUCCAGGGCUCUCUAGAUCUGAGCUUCGCAGUCAUGUCGAUAAACAAGAAGUCAAAUCGGAUUGAUUUGGACGCAGGGGACAUUCUCUAUCACAUGAAGGCAAAGAGCCACGAACUCUUCUACAUUUGGGUGACCAAACUACAAGCCCACCGCCAGUACAAGAAGAACGAGGCAGCUCACGUUCACAGCAGCCUCCUCCAGACUUUGUCCCAAGGCACUGCGGCCGGACAUGAGCAGAGAAAUGGAGAUCUGGUGACUAUCAAAUUAACAGAGUCAAACGAAACACAACAAUCUUUACAGAUGACUCAGACUAACUCUGGUAUCCUCUUCCCUCUGUAUUCAUGUUACCAGAGCUCUGCAGGCAUGGUGGAUUCAGCAGGAGCUCCAGCAGUCGUGCUGCCGUCAGAUAACACGGCUGUGAACAGCAAAGUGUCGGCCUGGCUGCAGCAAAGUCACGACCCAGACACCUGUGUCCAAGAGUUGAACCGUUGCUGUGUGGACCUUUCUGAGCUAAACCGCUUAAUCCAGAGGCUGCAGCUGCUGGAGGCCGGCCAGGCUUUCACUAACGGAGACCUGAAGCGCAUCAUCAGCAUACAGAAUCUGUCGCUUGAGAAGCCGAAGAAGUCAAGGUCGGGGAAGAUGUGGGGCCACUCUCGCACAUUAUCCAGAGUGGAGGCCCUGGGAAUGCCUAUUCGUGGGAUUACUAAAUCGCUGUCCUCCAGUCACCUGAACAGCUCGCCUCACCUGGGUACAUCAGUCCCCUCUAUCCCUGAAUACGUCUACUCCCAGCUGUCCCCUCCUACUGUCACGUCGCCUGAGGGCAAGAAAAUCCAGCAGGACAUCUGCGCCAUGUCGCUAAGAGUGCUUGCCUCCCUGAAGACAGUACAUGAAACUCUGUCCCAGGAGAGGCAGAAAAUGCAGGAAGUCUGGGAAAGUAACAACAUCCACCAGUCUAACACAUUAGCUGAGCCUGCAGUGGUGAGGCGCUCAUCCCACGGGCCUCCCUCAGUAGCAGACUCGGCUGCGGAGUAUUUUGACGCCAGUGAUGACAUCCUUUGUGGCAGUUCUUCUGAGGUGUCUGAUGAAUCAGGACUUAGUGAUGGAAGCACCACCAACUCUGAGCCAGAGGAAGGACAUGCAUCGGCCACCAGGAAGUACCGUGCUAGCAUCUCCAAGUCUCCUAACAGUGUCGUUCCCAAGAGCACCGGCCGGCGAACUAAGCUGCCUGCUCACUGUCCUGACAACAGCCACGUGGGCCUCAUGGCCAUCCUCUACAAUAACAUAGGUAAAGACUUGGCUCGAGUGUCCAUGCCUGCUCCUCUCAAUGAGCCUGUUAACCUGCUGCAGAGACUGUGUGAAGAGCUGGAGUACAGUGAGCUGCUGGAUACUGCCAACAACACAGCAGACCCCUACCAGAGGAUGAUUUACAUUGCUGCCUUUGCCAUCUCUGGUUACUCUACCGCGACGUUCAGAAACCGCUACAAGCCCUUUAACCCGGUGCUGGGGGAGACCUACGAGUGCAUCAGAGAGGACCGGGGCUUUCGCCUCAUCAGCGAGCAGGUCUGCCAUCAUCCCCCCAUCUCUGCCUGCCAUGCAGACUCAGACAACUUCUCCUUCUGGCAAGACCAGCGAUGGAAAAAUAAAUUCUGGGGGAAGUCACUGGAGAUUCUGCCGACAGGAAUGGUGAACGUCACUCUCCCAAGGUAUGGAGACCACUACGAGUGGAACAAAGUAGUGACCUGCAUCCAUAACGUGCUCAGUCAGCAGCGCUACCUGGAGCACUACGGAGAGGUCACCAUUCGCAACCUCAAAAGUAACGUCUGCACCUGCAAGAUUACCUUCGUCAAGUCUCGUUACUGGGGUUCAGACACGAACAAGAAUGAGGUGCAGGGGACGGUGCUGGACCAAAGUGGGAGCGUCAUUCACCGGUUCGGAGGUCUGUGGCAUGAAGGCAUCUUCUGCGACACUCUGCCCACGCCGCAAUGUGUCUGGAAGCCAAAUCCCCAGCCAAAGGAUUACCAGCUGUACUAUGGCUUCUCUACUUUUGCCAUGGAGCUGAAUGAGCUCACCCCAGACCUGCUCCCUCUCCUGCCCCCUACAGACAGCCGCCUGCGCCCAGACCAAAGGAUGCUGGAAGAAGGAAAGGUGGAUGAAGCAGACAAAAAGAAAGAUGACAUAGAGGAGUUUCAGAGGGAGCGAAGAAAAGAGCUCACCAAAAGAGGGGAAGAACAUGUUCCACGCUUUUUCAAGAAAGCCAAAGAUUCCUGUGGACGGGACGUGUGGUUGACCAACGGAACGUACUGGAAGCUCCGAGAAAAUCCAGGUUUUGCUAAUAUUGAGAACACAGCUAUGUGGUGAUGAGACGACAGCGACGAGCAAUGCCAGACAAAAAAACACAAGAGAGAGAGAGAGAUUGAAAAAUAUCAGUAAUUGAUAUUUGAGCAGCGUGUAUGAACCGCUCUAAGAAAUGUGCAGAGUGGAGAGAGUGCUGCUGAUCUCUUCUCGUUCCUUCUGAGCGCCCAUGACUGGCUCAUGGGACACCUCCCUACCUGGCCGUCCCUUCAGACCAGUGAAGUCACUCAGCAUCCAGUGCAGGUGAAGAAAGACUUUCUCAUCAAGAUGGAUUUUCUAAUGCAUUUAAAACAUUUUUUAGGCUACUUAAAUAACCGCAUAUAUCUUUCUAUUUUUGGGAAUUUCUAUGGAAAAAUUGUUUCUGCAGAAAAGACUGAUCAUGCGAUGCACACUCUGCAGACAUUAACAUGAAAAAAUGACUUGAGAUGACAAUGAAAUCUCGUUUAAAGUGUAUAUAAUAGUGUGUUAAAUGUAAACAGUCAAUCAAAUCAUGUCCUACUCAACCGGUUUACUGCAUUUUAUGAUGAGAACAACUGAAUGUUGGAACGUACUGAAGUCAAUGCUACGGUCAGGGUGCAACUGCCCCAGGGCCCCAGACCCAUGAGGGGGCCAGUUGGUUUGUGGUAAUUUGAUUUAUUGCAGAUUUGUUUGGGAAUAUGCACCACUAAGGUACUUCUGAAACUGUGUAUUAUUCUAUGUGAGUUGGCUGUUUGGCCACACGCAACCGCACUUUUGGGCCCCCGAAACUUUCUUUGAAACUGGAGUCCAGGGUGAAGUUUUUGGAAGACUCCGGUGCCAGUGGUUGUGUGUAGAUAGGAUAACCGCAGUAUUUUAUUACCUGUCUCCACUGUUUGACGUCAGAGCGACGGUAAAUAGCUAGUGAAAUGGCAGACCAAACAAACAUGCCGGUGCUAACUUUAUUUGUGAGCGUGCUAGCUGCUGUCUUUGGAUGGCAUAUCCAGCUGCGUGACCUAACGACCAACGAAGGAGGCUGCUCCUGUUGCUAGCUACCCCAACUACACUACCACGAAAGCAGCGAUGGGCCUGCCAGUGGAGGUUCUGGAUCUGGACCUCUGUUGGCAGGCCCGUCGCUGCUUCCAUGGUAGUGCAGUUGGUCGUUCAGGCGCCUCUGCUGUUGAAGUAGGUCGCGUUAUUUUUGUGGAUCGGGUUGUUUUUAUUUUCCGCACUUCCCUAUUCCAGUAUUGACUCUGACUUCUGAUUGGUUAAAAUGGCCUUUCCAUUUUACCGAAUUUACAUCGCCACGUACUGCUUUGUCAUGUGUAUUACAUCACUUGGUAGCAGGUUUUGCGGCUUCGUGUGGAUAUCAUAUUUUUUUAUCACACCACUUGUGUGAAACCGGGGCCCGAAAAACUUCGCAUUCAGAAGUACACGGGUCUGUGUGGACUAGGCCUAAAUCACAAUAAAGAUAAAGCAGCUAUUAUAGAUAUUUUUACCAUAAUGGACAGAUUUUUCCCUCAGGAGUUGGUGGAGACCAAAAACAGAGCUAAAAGAAAGUGGAUGUUGGACUUACAUCCAUCAGGUGGACACAAACAUGACUAUAAAUGAAUGAUAAGAGCUGCAACAACUAGUCGAGUGACAGAAAAUUAAGCGGCUGCUGUUCUGAUAAUUGAUUAUAAUUAUAUAAAACAUUUUUAUGUGACAAAGAAUUGGAUGAGGAGAGGCACGUUGUUGAGGUUGAGGAAUAUCCUGAGCUAAACGACCCACAAUUCCGUCAUUGUAAGGACAACGGCCAAAAAGAUAUUGCCUGGUGAGUCAUAGCUCCAGAGAUCGGCUCUUCACGUGAGAAAUCAAAUUUAAUUCAGGGCUCUUCACACAUGUUUUUAAGCUAAUGCCAAGGUGGAGGAAGUACAGAUCUUCCAGCAAAAGUAAUAAUAACUUGCUUGGUGCAUAUGCCUAAACGAAUUGUGUUCUCCCAGAUUAUUUCCUUACAGGUAGGAAAUAGCUCCCUUGCAGGCUGAUCCAGCUACAGUAUAUUUACUACGUAUCUAGAGGUGCACCAGUACUGAUGUAAUGCAUAUGAAGUACUCAAACUUGGUAUCUGUGACUUUCACAUUACUGAGACGAGGUAAUGAUAACAUUUAAGACAGUAUCUGUCUAAAUACUUUGAUCAUUGCUAACAUCGAUCAAAUGCUGGUGAAACAUCUACAUUUAUUUGAUAUUUUUGAACAUUUAUUAUUUAAGAAAUAACAAUAACCAACACUCAGUAUAUACACAUAUUUACAAGAGAAGAUAUUGUACGUAUUUUUAUGUCAUUUAUGGUAAGAAAAAUAUCCAGCUGGUUGGAAACAUACAUGCUGUAUUUAUACAGUAAAUUAAACUGCUGACAUCACAACUGUGUUUUUGUUUUUCAGUGGGAUCAGUUUAUUUAUUAUAACGACACUUAGCUGCAGAUGUGAGUAAGACUUGUUUGAAAAAGAUUAAAAUUAAUUCACAUAUCAUUUUUUAAUGAAUUGGAUUUGCAACAUUUUGAAAAGCUGCUUUGUUCAGUCGAUUAAAAGAAAUCCUACCUACAUCAAAUAAAAACAAACUCACCAAAACAGCAGAGAUUUGUCAUGUGUAAGCUUUAAUUUCAUGAAUAAAAAAACAACAAUACAAUACACAAUUAUGCCACCUUUUUAAUAAAUAACACUUUUCCCCAUUCAGAAAUCUUCAUCUCUUAUUUUUGCAAUUUAUAAGCUCUUAAUUAAAGAGUCAAAGGAGGAUUAUUUCCCCCCUCGACGUUUACAGUGCACAUGGAUCACACACAAAAAAUAACAUGCUUGACCUUGUCUGGUCUCCCUUCUUCACGCCUCUAUUUCUAUAUUAUACAGUAAAAUCUCUGGAAAUGCAGUUCCCACACAGUUUUACGCUCGUACCGAGGGAAGUGUGAGUUCAAGGGAAACACAGACUCAUGGGAAAUGGAGGUAUUAGAGGUUAAACAUCAGGGAUUGGCUGAAGUUGGUUGUAAUAGCUGAGUUAUCCAGCAGGGGGCGUUCCUGAGGCAGUUUUUUUCUGCUGUUUGAUGUGAUGUAGGUGCAGGAGUGAACCACAUGAACAAACCACAGCACAUAAAAAUAAAUAACUGACAUCGUCCACCAGUGAUCACAUAAAACUUUGCUCUCAUUGUUUUUGCAGUGCCGUCAUUAAUUCUCAACUACUCUCUAUUAAUUGCACUUGAAACAACAAUUGUCCAUCGUACACCUUCAUCAAGGUACAUCAUCACUUCUUCCUCUGACAGAUGUCAACAUAAACAUUAAAUAGUACAUCUUUUUUUUGGGAAAUGUUACAUACAAUAUAUCCGUUCUGUUUCCAGCAUAAAACUAACACUUCAUUACCAUUUCACUUUAUUUAAAUGUUCAGAUAAAGGACUGAGCUGUCAGACAGUUUGUCCUUUUUGCAUCAACAUCUUUAAGACCAUUUAGCCGAGUGCUGCAGUCCCAGUGUUUAGACAAUGCUUGUGUAACACCAGUUCAGACAGGAGCUUUAAUUUGUGUCACAUGUGAAACCUUUUUAAGGCAAACAGGGCCGCAGCCAGGAUUUUAAAAAUACAUAGAAAUACUAAGUCUUGAGUCCAAUCACCCAGCACAACCCUACCCCCUUCAGAAAUAUGACCUCACACCAAAAACAAAGGCUGAAAAAUAAAUUGGCUUAUUAUUUAGAUUGUCACAUUUUAUCAAUUCAGUUAAAGAUCAAGUGUGUAAGAUUUAAUGGGAAUAUUGGCAGAAAUUAAAUAUAAUUUUCAGUAUAUAAUCACCUGAAAAUAAGAAUCACGUUGGCCACCAUAGUUAGCAGCCGUCUUGAAACUGCUUUAUUCAAUGUUUUUACCACUUUAAAUCACUGGGUCUGUUUGUUUCGGAGAGGACGAGACUGAGAGAUAAUUCGGCUCCUGGUAAAAAAAUCCUGAAUGUCUGGAUCUUAAGUCAGCAGAGAAAAAAGAUGAGCACAUUUUAGCAGGUGCUAAGCUAACGGCCUUUCUCUGACAAGCCAAACUGAAUUAGAGAAACACUGAAUUAUAAAAUAAAACUGCUUUAUUCAGUGUUUAGACUGGUUUAAAUCACCAGGUCUGUUUGUCUUAUAGGGGAGGAGACCUCUGCCGAUAAUUCAGCUCCUGGUAAAAACCUCCUGAAUGUCUGGAUCUUAAGUUAGCAGAGAAAAAAGAUGGGCACACAUUAGCAGGUGCUAAGCUAACGACCAAUCUCUGACGAGCUUCGGGGAACAUUGAUUAUUAAAGUGAAACUGCUUUAUUCAGUGUUUAAACUGGUUUAAAUCACCGGGUCUGUUUGUUUAAUAGAGGGAGAGACCUCUGCAGAUAAUUCAGCUCCCAGUAAAAACCUCCUGAAUGUCUGAAUCAGAAAAAACUGAGCAAACAUUAGUAGGUGCUAAGCUAACGGCCCUCUCUGAUGAGCCAAACAGCUUCGGGAAACACAGGUUUUUAAAGUGAAACUGCUUUAUUCUGUGUUUUUACCAGUUUAAAUAACCAAGUCUGUUUGUUUCGGAGAGGACGAGACCUCUGUAAAAAAAAUUGGCUUGCGGUAAAAACCUCCUGAUUGUCUGGAUUGGAAAAAAGGUGAGCACACAUCAGAAGUGCUAAGCUAACGGCCAGUCUCUGACGAGCUUCGGGUAACAUUGAUUAUUAAAGUGAAACUGCUUUAUUCAGUAUUUAAACCGGUUUAAAUCACCGGGUCUGUUUGUUUUAAAGAGGAAGAGACCUAGAAUAAUUCGGCUCCUGGUAAAAACCUCCUGAACGUCUGGAUCAGAAAAAAGAAAGCACACAUUUGGGCUAGCGGCCUGUCUACAUCAUGCUGUACAGUGUACUAGAAACAUUAAUUUAUUAUGUAAAACCGCUUUACUCAGUGUUACUACCAGUUUAAGUAUGUCUGCUUGUUUCGGAAACAAAGAGACUUCUGUGGAUAAUUCAGCUCCUGAUUAAAACCUCCCAAACAAUGAACACUGAAGGAAUCCAAACUGGGAGAAGUUUCAUCACUAGAAGCCACAAAAUCCCGGAAAAUCUUACACACUGAACCUUUAUCUGUUUCUGUAGAUUUAAUUUUCCAACAUGAAGGUCUAAAUGUGUG